CACACGUGUCUGUGAAAGUGAGGGAGAAGGGGCGACUGCUCACCGCAACUCCUCUCAGAGACCCAGAAAACUGACGGAGGAAGCAGAGGCUCAUCCCAUCCCAUAAUAUAUCAGUCUACUUGUUUGAAAGACUAGAGCAAGGUGGUUGCAAUCUGAAGCAGACAUGUAUUUCUCAUUUUACUUUUCUCUGUUAGUCUGCGUUCUGCUGCCGUUGUCCGAAGCCGGGAGGCAGAUGCCCAAACUGUCUGAUAAGAAACUGUGUGCUGAUUCUGACUGCAGCAACCCUAUCUUGAUCGCCCGGGCUCUGCAGGACUACUACCCAGGGGACUGCAGGUUCAUUCCCAUCCGCCAGGGGCAGCUCAUCUACGUCUACGCAAUGUUGAAGGGCCGGGGGAACCUCUACUGGGCUGGCAGUGUCCAGGACUCCUACUACGGUCAACAGGAAGCUCGGAUCGGUCACUUCCCAAGUAGUGUAGUGGAAGAGACACACCCUCUCAUGCCAGCCACCACAGAAGUGCAGACUACCAAAUGGGAUUUCUACUGCUACUAAAGACAACUGGGACUACACAUAGACAUCUUCAAACAGACACACACACACACACACACACACACACACACACACACACACACACACACACACACACACACACACACACACACACACACACACACACACACACACACACACACACACACACACAAACAGUAUGAAAGUUUGUAGAUCUUCAAAAUAUUGAUUGAUAAUACUGACAGAUCUAAUAUAUCUCUUUGUUUUUUGUGGUUUAAUUCACAGAGCUAAUCUUGCACUGGACCAUUCUUGUAUUAACCAAUAGUUAUAUCAAGAUAUCUAUUUUGCAUGUUUCAUUCAAGCUGCCUAGCUUGAAUGAAACAUUUAUUUGAAUGAGAGUUAUUUUAAGUUAAAUCCAUAUUAUGCCACAUUUCAAUUUUAUUCUUUCAAAUGUUUAGCUUUCAGUGACAAAGAAAGAAUGGCAGACAAAACUGUUUUGACGUCAAUGACAUGAAAUUCUCACU